GCCUUUCAAACCCUGCUUUACAUGCAUGCUCGGAGCGCUGGCAGGCGGCGGCAGCGCUGUUGCUGCGGCAGAGAACCACAGUCGGGCUCCUGGCAUCUCUGAACUCCUUGCAUGCAAGGGCCCCCAGGUGUACUCUAUUUUCCUCCUCCGAAACGAGAACUCCCCAGUUCCUCUGGUUGAGCUGGCAGUUAAGCAGCUGAUAGAUUUGUUGCAUGAUGUUCAGGUGGGGCCACAAAAGCAGCUUUCUAUUUGCUCUCAUGCUAAAGGCAUUGGCGUCUGGGCAUUAUUGUAUCCAAGUGGUUUAUUUUUGUUUUCUUCCCCACCUUGUCUUGUAAUGACUUUGAGUUGCUGCAGCAAUCAUCUUUAAUCUCUGCCGCCUGUGACUGCAUUGGGGAAAAACUUGCGCUAGAGCUUAUCUUGGGCAGCAUCCUCAUGCCUUAUUUCACUUUUGAAUGACGUCAGAAUCUCUCAGACCCUACCCUGUACAUCGACAGGAUAGAGUGGCAUAUUUUGUGCUACAUGUUGCAUCCUGUUGCUAGAUCUACUACAUUUCUGUUCAGUGUAGUAAGUAUAUGGGCUGGAGGACAGUAUCAAUAUGCCUUGCUGUGUGUAAAGAUCCACCUUACAAAGUUGAAGAAUCUGGGUAUGCUGGCUUCAUUUUGCCAAUUGAGGUUUACUUCAAAAACAAGGAAGAACCUAAGAAAGUCCGCUUUGACUAUGACUUAUUCCUGCACCUUGAAGGGCACCCACCUGUAAACCACCUCCGUUGCGAAAAGCUCACAUUCAACAACCCAACUGAAGAAUUCAGAAGAAAGCUGCUAAAGGCAGGAGGGAUCAUGGUAAUGUCAGAUGGCACAUCAAUCUCUACAGGACAGAGCCUUCAUCUCCCCAACCUACCUAGUCACUCCCUGUCUUCUUCUGAAGUAAAGAAAAAAUCAUCUCAUGGGCCAAAGGACCCCAGUAAGAAUAUAAACACAAACAGCAGCAGCAGUAGUAACAGUUUUUCAAAGCCCCAUAAAUUAACAAAGGAGCACAAAGAAAAACCAUCUAAAGACUCAAAAGAACAUAAAAGUGCCUUCAAAGAACCUUCCAGGGAACACAACAAAUCUUCCAAAGAAUCUUCUAAGAAACCCAAAGAAAACAAACCACUGAAAGAUGAAAAAAUAGUUCCUAAGAUGGCCUUCAAGGAACCCAAACCCAUGUCCAAGGAGCCAAAAUCUGAAAAUAACAUCCUUACUAUGACGGGUGGACAGCAACAAGAAAAGAAGGCCUCUACCAAAAGGCCCCUCACUACAGAUUCUGAGGAACUUACUGCCAAAAAACGGAAAAAAAGUAGCUCGGAGGCUUUAUUUAGAAGUUUUUCUAGUGCUUCCUCCCUGAUACUUACUUGUUCUGCUGACAAAAAACAAAUAAGGGAUAAGUCUCAGCUUAAGAUGGGGAAGGUCAAAAUUGAAAGUGAGACAUUGGAAAAGAAAAAGCCCACUUUACCUCCAUUUGAUGAUAUUGUGGAUCCCAAUGAUUCUGACAUGGAUGAAAACAUGUCCUCCAAAUCUGAAUCUGAACAGCCUAGCCCUGCCAGUUCAAGCUCAAGUUCCAGCUCCAGUUUUACACCAUCUCAGAACAGCAGACAACAAGGUCCCUUGAGGUCUAUAAUGAAAGAUCUGCAUUCUGAUGAUAAUGAAGAUGAAUCAGAUGAAGCAGAUGAAAAUGACUCUGAAAUAGAGAGACCUGUAAAUACUCGAGGAGGAAGCAGAGGUCGCCGGGUUAGUCUAAGCGAUGGUAGUGACAGUGACAGCAGUUCAGCUUCCUCACCGCUACAUCAUGAACCUCCACCGCCUUUAUUAAAAACCAACAAUAAUCAGAUUCUAGAAGUGAAAAGUCCAAUAAAGCAAAGUAAAUCAGAUAAACAAAUAAAGAAUGGUGACUGCGAUAAGGUAAACGCAUAUCUCGAUGAACUAGUAGAGCUUCACAGAAGAUUAAUGACAUUGAGGGAAAGGCAUGUUCUGCAACAGAUUGUAAACCUUAUAGAAGAAACUGGACACUUUCAUAUCACAAACACAACCUUUGACUUUGACCUUUGCUCACUGGACAAAACCACAGUCCGUAAACUACAGAGUUACCUGGAAACGUCUGGAACAUCCUGAGGACACAGCAUCUGGCUGCAUCAAAAACUGUUUUUUAAUAAAACAUUCUAAACGAUGCAACCAAAAUGGAAGAAAAAUAAACCAACCCUCUGCAGCUUUAUUUUUCUUUAAAGCUAGUCGUCAUCUCUUGAUAUAGGAGAGGAAAAGUGACAAGACUCAGAGGAUCGCUCUUCUCACCAAGGAAAUGCUCUGGAAGAGUUAGCCUGGAUAGCCUUGAAAACAAAAAAACAAAAACCCACAGAAAAACUUGUUCUUAAUGAAUGUGUAUGGUAUCGUGCAUCUCUCUGUGGUGUUCCAGUCCACAAGAUGAAUGCAUGUUCAACACACUGCCUUAUUACAUAUCUGAUCUAUUUAUUGUUGCAUACAUAUAUUCUAAAGUCAUUGAGGGAAUGACACUACCAGAUGUUACAAGUACUCGGGUUCCAUGUAUGCUCCUUCCAUGCAGCACCAUCACACGCCUAGUAACAUUACUCAAGUAAAAAUGCCACUUACUGUUGACUUUUUCUAGUCACUUAAAACACUGUAGUCUUGUUUCCACUUUCGCAGUCCCAGGAAACAAGGUACAAAAUGGGAGACCAAAAAGUGGCCCUAAUAUUUGUCUCCAGUCUGCCACAGUGGGUUGGUCCACAGGUCCUUGGCUUUAUCCAUUUAUUGAUCUUGGACCAUGAUAAAAAUGCACCAAAUAGGAUCAUAUGACUUGCUGUCUAGCCUUAGUCAAUAAACCAGUAGGACUUGUAACAAAAAAGUGUUACUGUAUACUGUCCUGAAUCCAGCGUUGUUUGUCAUCAACAUUCUUGUGUCUGUUUUAAUGUUAUAAUAAUAGAUAUAUAUAAAAGUGAAGGUGUUCUACAGGAUCACCAUAAAAAGAGGAAUGCUGGUCCUGUUUUCUAAGGAAAUGUUGUAGAAAAUUCUUAAUUUGGAGCUAUUUAUUAUGGCGAGUUUGGAUACUAUUCUGAUGCCAGUGUGACUCACCUUUACCGUAAAUACUGUUGGCAUAAUAUUUUUGUUUGUUCAUACAAUAUAUGGUCUGCUUAGACUUUUGUUUUUUUACAUCUGAUAAAUUAAAAUCCUUUCUUUGAAAAAAUACCUUUGUUGUUAUACGGUCACAUGUUGGAAUGAAUAUCUACAUAGAUACAUCGAUUUUUAAAGGUACCAAAUUUCUGUCCCUGUUGAGUAAUCUGCUUGUGUUUCCAGAAGGAUUGCUUAUCUGUAAAGAUAAAUGCUCUUCCGUAUAUAUUUCCUUAAAAUAAGAAAUCUUUCUCAUACAUGUGCAAACCAGAGAAUUUACAAAUACUUUGAAAGCAGUACUCUGUGGUCUCAUGAUGAUGAUUUUCAUUAUGAAACCGUCACCCUAAUCCUGAUGAAAUGGGAACACAAUUAAGAAAUACUUCUGGAUCCAAAGGUUUGGUCAGCCUUAAAAAAACAUGUUUGCAGAGAGGCUAGUAUAUUUCCCAGGUAUGCUUACAUGCCAGAUGCAGUCUAUUCAUACACAGUUAAACAACAGUAGUAUCUAUAUGUCUUUAUUGUUUCAUGUACAUGAUUUUGUGCGUGACAGUAAAACUAGAUUCUUGUUUGGAUUAUUUUUUCAUAUUCAUAUGAGAACACUUGUUUCUUUAAGUCCAAAGAAAAUUGUAUAUUUUAUUUUGGAGUUUUUUUGGUUAUUUAAAUUGCAUAAUGUUGUUUAACCAUGCUCCAAUGGAAAGUCCCUUUCCGGCUUCCAAAAGAACAAGUGUACUUUUUUCAGUAAUGUUAUGACUCUUACUGAUGAUUGGCAUGAAACAUACUUGAAACGUUAUGAUGUUAAGUCCAUGUCUCAAUGUGCAAUUGUUGGGGGAAACAUCUUUAAAAAGCUUUUGCAGGAUGAUGAUGGAAGAGAGGAAGUAGUAUGUUGGGGGGGUUAAUUUUGAUUUUUGUCUACUUUUUAUAUGAAAACGUUUUGAAAUCUAAAAGCAAUCUUUAGAAAAGUCUUUGAACUAAUAGUGCACAUUGAAUUUAGAUGACAUGUUUAGUUAAAUCAGGUGCAUGAGGAGGCUGGUCCAUUUUGACUUUUCUAACUAAAUUUUGUGGUAAAUACUCUUGAGCUUCAGGCGGGCAAGAAAGCCCAAUUUUAUUCUGGCAUGAAUUGAAUACUCUGCUCCUUUAAAUAACCAGUGAAAUAAGUCACUUUCCCAAUAGAAAUAUUAGCCAAGCUCUUUUGUACAUGUGAAUAGGGGUGGAAGGGGUGGGAAGUAAAUAUAAAAGGGAGAUGGUUGCAAUAACAAUAUAGCUUUAGCGCUGACUUUCAUGUAAGUCCUUGAUCAUCUUUAAAUAAAAUCUUAGUGCUUUAAUUUGAUUACAGUGGGAGGAGGGAGAGAAAUAAGCAGACUUCAACUGAAUUUUGUCUGUGUUAACUGUAAAGUGAGUUUUCCACAAAAUUCUGAUAAAAUAAGAGUCACUAAGUGUUGAUCUCUUUGAAAAAACAACAACAACAAGUUUUACAUUAGCUAUUUUCAUCCAGUUUUGUAUGGAGAAACAAAAUAAAUCUUUUGCAAUCAUUUCAAAUAGUCAUUUCUCUUACAAGAAAAAUCAUAAGAAUCGUAUCUAAAUCCACCACAUUUAUGAGCAUUGAUCUUUGGAACAAGUUAAAACAUUUUCAUAUAUUCACUCUUACAACAGCUACAUUGGUUUUUAAGUACAAAGGAAUAAAAGGUUUGACAUUUCAUUUAAUGCCAUCCUAUUUCAAAUCAAUUUAACUGAAUGAAUUUAGAUAAUGGAAUAUGUUGACCAGACAAAUUAGCAGCAAGCCAUAUUUUAAUACUCAAACUAGCUGAAAUCUGUAAUUAGAGAGUAUCAAUUGUAUAUAAUGGAAAGCACAGCUUCAUUCUUGAAACUAGCUAAAUGUUCACCUCAGGAAUUGGAUAUCCAUGUAGGAUAACAUUUUAACAGACGAUUAGGUCUCUUGAGAGGACUUCAACUUCCCCUAAAUUUGAAAGGUGUCUUAAUCCAUCUUAACACAAGAGUAGACUUCUUACAAAAUAGACCUAUAUUUUGUAACACAAGCCGUGGUAAAUGGUUUGAGCAAAAAUAAGUAGAAUUAAUUGAGAAUGAAAGGUAAAGAAUGAAAUGACUAAAUUUGUGCUAUGUCAGUAACAGUCUUUGAAUUGUAUGAGGUAAUCAAGUUAUUUUCCUCAGUGAAUUUGUGCCUUUUUAUUUAUGUAUGCAUAUCUACCCUUUUAAAUCCAGAAGUAAAGUAAAUAUAGUACUUGUGGUUGGAGAGACCUAAUUAAUAUUUUAUUAACACUUCGUAAGAGAAAAGAGACUUAAGAUAGAUGUUAGUUUUUCAUUAUGAAGUACAUGGCAGUCUAUUUCAGGUCAGUGAAAAGUAUAAUUAUCUGGAUUUCUACAUUAGUGUUCUGACCUCUUGAAAUGUCUCAUAAAUUUGAAACCCUAUUACCUGGAGCUUGCAGAGCUGAUGGGAAAGUAGUUAGAGGUCUAUAAAGGAACGUGUCCUUUUCUUUGUCAUGUGUGUUAUCUCAUCCAAGUAAUGUCUGGAGUAGGAUGUUUCAUUUGCUCUUGCGUUAUAUUUCUUUGUUCCAUCUGGAUUACUUUUCAAUCUUCCAUCGUUUGCCUGCAUUUUAACUGUAUGAAUCAUAUCUUUCAGCACACUUGUAUAUUGGUCAACUGAUUUCCACAGUUUGACGCUAAACUGAAGUUGACUUAAAUCCCACUUCAAAUUAUGUCAGUCACUUGUGGCUGCUCCAUCCAAUCGCUACUUAUGGGACAUUGAGACACUUGAUUUUAAAUCAGAAAGACCAAGGUGCUAUCAAAAGUGUAAAUAUGUAUUUUGGCACUUCUACUACAAUAAACAGAAAUAG